GCCAUCUGAAGGCCAGGAGAGCUGGAUGCCAAGAUGAAGAACAUCCACCAGCAUUUUCUCCUGCUUCUGCUUUGUUGUGGUUUAGCCAGACCUGGUCAUUUGCAAAGUCAGAUCAUUGGAGGCCAAGAAGCCAAGCCGCACUCCAGACCUUACAUGGCUGCCUUGAAACUGGGAUCUGAUUUUGGCUGUGGUGGAUUUCUGGUGGCUCCCCAAUGGGUUAUGACAGCAGCACAUUGUAUGAGUGAAAUGACGGUUAUCUUGGGAGCGCACAACCUUCAUGAUGUUGAAAAGUCCCAGCAAGUGCUUGGAGUUGAAUCGUACCACAUGCAUCCGGAAUACAGCCCACUCACCACUUCGAAUGAUAUUCUUCUCCUGAAGCUGACGUCAAAAGCCAUCCUAAACAAGUAUGUCCAGACGGUGCCCUUGCCGAAGUCUAGCAGCGAUCUCCCCGGAGGGGUGCCAUGCAGUCUGGCGGGAUGGGGUCUAAUUGAUAGAGACCAGAUCACAGAAAACCUCUUUGAGGCCAACGUCACCAUUGUCAGCCGCAAGAAAUGCCUGCGGUUUUACCCAGAGCUCAAUGAUGGAAUGCUGUGUGCAGGCAGCCACAACCAGAUACGGGAUUCAAGCCAGGGUGAUUCCGGAGGCCCCAUGGUGUGCCACGGUGUGGUGCAUGGAAUUGUGUCCUUUGGCAAUCACUUCCCUCCUGGAGUUUAUACCAGAAUUGCCAACUACCUUCCCUGGAUCAAAGAAGUCAUGGAAUCUGACCUGUGAGAAGAAGCACUUUUUCUACGGUUCACUUUAGUUCUUCUCUAAACCUCCUGUUCAUUUAGCAACUUGCAUUCUUCUGCUCUUCUUCCCCAACUGAUGUAGCAAGAAUUGCAGUAAUAAAAGAAUCUUUGGAA